CGUGCGCACCACGGUAUGGGUCCCCUUCAAAGUAGUUCGCGUCACUGUUCGCGUCUCAGCACUCGCGUCACGAUACGCGGCCAGACGCCCCCUGACGCAUCCUGACGCGCUCGGACGCGCUGAGACGCGCCGAGACGCGAGUUUCCCGUCGUUACAGUGCGAAACGGUUCCGCACACCCAGGGCUAUCCUCCACAGAACGUGAAGCGUGGAGAAGCUCAUAGCGCGAGAGCGGAGUAUCCGCCUUUGCGUGCGCCUUUGGGUCUUUCACAAGGAACAUGCUACCCCGCUUCCGCCCCCCCCCCCUGUUGACUGGCAUCCAGCUGCGCCUCGCUGCGCUGGCACAGGUCUGAGCUGGUCUGAGGCCCGCCACUGGGGACCCGCGAGCUCACUCUACUAGUCUACGGUCGUUUAUUAGGACAGUUUAAUGUUGCGAGCAAACAUAUUGUCAUUUAAACUGCGUUUUGCCGCGUAUAACAGUCAAUCCAACAUUAUCUUGUACCGGCUCCCGACGGGCCCGGCGGGGACAUAGCCCAUAGCCCAAGUAACGGUGAUAGAUAGAUCUCCAAUUUUGACCUAUGCGGGGAUGAACCCGCCCACCAGCGCAAGACUGGCGGCCCACUGGGGAGACCCCAUGGGAUAGAUCUGCUGGGCUCCUUGUGGCGAGCCCCGACAGAGGCCCAUGUGGGCCCCCCACCCCCAAUUUUACGCCCAUGGGAAGGCGGCGCACGCUCCACUCACCCCACGUGCUUCAGCCACCAGCUGGCCGCCGUCUCCUCCUCGCCGCGGCGGUUUCGGCGCCGGUGCAACAGCCGGCGCCGGUGCUGGGUCGCCGUAUGCUCGUGGGCCGCUGAGCAGCCCGCACGGGCUGCUGGCGUCGCCGCAGCACCAGCAACAGUACCAGGAGCAGCAGCAGCAGGAGUACGGCAGUGGCGGCGGCGGCGUGUCGCCGCAGCUGUUGCGGCAGCUGGCGGAUGGCAGUUGUGCAGUGAGCCGGGCAAACAUGUUGUCGCAUCCGGUGCAGCUGGAUAGCGACUGGGAGCCCUCAUGAGGAGGAUCUCAGGAUUGCGAAUGAGCAUGUGAGCAUGAGUGGUUGGAUGCAAGAACGGAAAACAAAUGUGUGAGAGGAAGUAGAGAGAUGGCUGUGAUGAGGUCUGGGGCGAGGGAAGGGAGCGGUGUGUUGGGCGAUUCCGUGCACGGAGAGGCCCCGUUAUAAACUUUAUGCCGGCACGGUCGUUAAGCCAUGAGAAAUAAGUCCACAUCUUGCAGCGUGGCAAUACGGUAUCAUGGAGUCCAGUAUUUACCUUGUGUGCGCGGAGCGAGGCCCGGUUGGGGGUCGGGAGGACUUACGGUAAUAAGAAGCAAUUACGCUAGUCCCUUAACGUGCUGGGCAUCAAGGCCCGGUGUGAAGGGCUACGGGUGCUGUUGGCAUGGGGGUGUUAACACAAUCGCAAUAAUGACACCGGUAGCUUUCCCGUGAGGCCGCGUUUCGCACUGACAUUCGGGGAUCCGCGCGCUUCGCGACCAAACCCAUGCACCCAAGCCAUUAUUGUUGACUGGCUCCGGCUCUGGUUUUAUGCGCGCGUCCUGAAUCCUGACUUGUUUCGAACCCGCAUGACAAAUGUUGUAUAUUCGGACUGUUUGUAGCCCCAACUGCGGUAGCUCUGGCCACGCCCUCACAAUCUCAGACGGGCUUUUGCAUUACUUGCAUAGCACCAUACGUACAAUCUAACCACUGGCACAGGACCCGUGAGCCUUCGGCUGGGCCUCUGCGUGGCUUGGAUACAUGGCCCCGACUGCUCCCUAUAUGUCGCUCGAGGUUUGACAUUGGCACAUGGCACACAGUGAGGAUUGUUGCGUAAACAAAGUGAAUGGGAGACGCAAGCAAACAAGGUAGGUUUAUGGGGUGCCGGCCUCGAGCGGGUUGGGUUUUUGACGGCAGGCACGAGGCGGGCCUGUCUGCUUGUGUGUGACACCGACAACGUGUAUGACGACUUUGCAGCUGUGCGCGCCUUCCUGUCGUGCACAUGUUGCACGCAUGAAGCAAUCAGGGUUUGCACUAUUCAUGCGCUGUGAUUGUGCUUGCUUUGUCUGUUGGGAUGUGGACUUCGGAGGCAGGUGAAGGGAGCCAGGGGUGGAGGGAGCUCGAAACCUGAUGAGCAGCUGUGGUGUUGGGGCCUAGAGGAUGCCGUGAAAGGUGAGGGAUACACGGUAGUGCUGUAAAUUGGGCCAAGUCAGGCAAGUGGGCAAGAGGAAGACGUCCUGCGGGAGGGGGGAGGGGGCAUCAUGUGAGCAUGGGGCCGAUGGCAAGGAUGAGGUCUGGGGCCCGCGCGGCGCCCUGCGGCGUAACGGGGGAGCUGCAGUGUGUAACGGGGGAGCUGC